AUGCAUCGUGUCUUAUUGGCCCGCAACCGUGUUGAUUUUGUGGCCACGCUCCUGCAACAGGGACGCCUGGCGGAUAUGUUAAUGCUUCGGCAUUUCACCGCUCCCGGCACUAAAGUCUCUCUAGAAGAAUUAAAGGAAGAAAGCAGCGGGACGCCUGUGAAAGAAACUGCAAGACACGCGUUACUGAAGAAACGUGAGGCGGUCUAUGCAAAAGCCAUGUCGGUGCCAAACACUGCGUGGAUGUCUGCUGCUGCCACUGCGUGCGGCACGAAGGAGGAGUGCUGUGCGCUUUCACAGUCCCGCGAGACGGUGCGGGCGACUGUGAACUCCAGCGAUCCCACACGCGUCACGUUGAACGGCACGUGUUUCACCGCCGUAGAGGAAAAGAACCUGCCGGCGUCCCUGCGACUGGCGGCAUCCUGCGAGAAUGGAGAUGCGGUGAUGUUGACAGUGCCGUUUGCGCAGUCUGGCGAGAGGGUGCAGAGUUACGCCGUUGGCGGGGGUUUGCGGGCGGUGCAGUUGUGCGGGGCGGAGGGAUCCAUCGUGGCGGAUGCGGCCGCCGUGGAUGAGUUCACCGCCGAGCAGAAUGUGUUGGCAGCGGCAGCCUGCAGUGGCGUACUGCGGCGCUUAGAGGAAAUAUGCGCCCGACACGCCACCAACACGGCGCGAUAUGAUGCCUUGUUAGUACGCAAUCCGGCCGUGCAGAAGCGACUCUCACAAUUGGCGUCCGCCCGCUUUGGGGUGGAGGCGCUGAGUUCAUUUGUUACUGGUCAUGAUCCUGCGAUGGUGGCGGCGGAUACGAAUACGAAUUCCACAGAUUCCACCGUUCAUCAUGAGAGUGAGAAGUAUACACCAUCACUGGUAGAGUCUGUGGCACUGUGUAUGUUUGCGAAACACGUACUCGCCGAGGGUGUUGCCCACGCCCGUGAAAUUACACGCUACACUGAACUAACACAGAAACAACCGCACAACUCCAAACCAGAGUGUUGCAUUGAGUACACAUACGCCGCAGAGUUGUUUGGAUGUGAGCGGCAGUUGCUAUCGAGCAUGGGCGGAGGUACAGCAAUGCAGGGAAUGCGCUAUAUCGCCCCACUGCUCACGCAACAGCCACAUACACAGCAGGAACAGGGAACAAACCCAUUUACUAAUAUACCGGAGUUAAUUACAUCAUAUGUACUCGGUGCGGAAAACAGUUCUGUGCGCCUUGCAGCUCCUCACGUUAAUUUGCAGGUGAGUACGGCACGAUUGGAAAAAGAUAUAUCCCUAAUGCUUCACCGUAUCCGGCAGCACCAUAAGCAACACAAGACGCAACGAGUAGAUCCACUCUUCGUUAUGGCGAUUGCACAGUACGCGGCAGAAGUAUUUGCCAAUGUGGCUGUUGUCUACCGCACAACGGCUUCUCUUUCACGUGAGGACCCUAGUGGACCACGUAAUUGGCUGCUUGCACAGUCUUUCUGCUCUGAAUCCAACGCCCGCCGCAUACGUGUACUGCAGGAGUGGGAUCUCUCCGUCAGCGCACGGCGGGCACUUAGUAAAGCUGGCAAUCUCGACGAAUGCACUAUUCAUCCCGUGGAGCUUAUGAAUGUGGAACCAGCAAAGAAGAAGGCUACAACAACAACAGCAAGUACAAGUACAAAGACGGAGUCCAAGGUGAAGAAUUAA